GGCGGGCGGGGGCGCCCGGCGCGGGGGGCACUGAGCCGGCGCCGCCGCCCGCGCCCCAUGGACGGCAGACAUGGACUACGAGUUCAAGUCCAAGCUGGCGGCCGAGCGCGAGCGGGUGGAGGACCUCUUCGAGUACGAGGGCUGCAAAGUGGGAAGGGGCACCUACGGGCACGUCUACAAGGCCCGGCGCAAGGACGGAUUCCAGAAGGGCUUCGUGUAUGGACUUCAAGCCUUGGAGAUAGCAGAAUAUUCAGCAGAAGAAAAGAUGAAAAGGAGUAUGCACUGAAGCAAAUUGAAGGUACAGGGAUAUCCAUGUCGGCUUGUAGAGAGAUUGCACUUUUACGAGAAUUGAAGCACCCUAAUGUCAUUGCGUUACAGAAGGUUUUCCUUUCCCACAGUGACAGAAAGGUUUGGCUGCUGUUUGAUUAUGCCGAACAUGAUUUGUGGCAUAUUAUCAAGUUUCACCGUGCCUCAAAAGCAAAUAAAAAACCCAUGCAGUUGCCAAGAUCUAUGGUUAAAUCACUACUCUACCAGAUCCUUGAUGGAAUACAUUACCUCCAUGCAAACUGGGUGCUUCACAGAGACCUGAAACCAGCAAACAUUCUGGUAAUGGGAGAAGGUCCUGAAAGAGGAAGAGUCAAAAUAGCUGACAUGGGUUUUGCCAGAUUGUUCAAUUCACCUCUAAAACCAUUAGCAGAUUUGGAUCCAGUCGUGGUGACAUUCUGGUACAGAGCUCCAGAACUGUUACUUGGUGCCAGGCAUUACACGAAGGCCAUUGAUAUAUGGGCAAUUGGCUGCAUAUUUGCUGAACUAUUGACUUCAGAACCUAUUUUUCACUGUCGUCAGGAAGACAUCAAAACAAGUAAUCCUUUUCAUCAUGAUCAGCUAGAUCGCAUUUUCAGUGUAAUGGGAUUCCCUGCAGAUAAAGACUGGGAAGAUAUAAGGAAGAUGCCAGAAUAUCCCACACUUCAAAAAGACUUUAGGAGAACAACAUAUGCCAAUAGUAGCCUCAUAAAAUACAUGGAGAAACACAAGGUCAAGCCUGACAGCAAAGUUUUCCUUUUGCUUCAAAAACUUCUCACUAUGGAUCCUACAAAAAGAAUUACCUCAGAGCAGGCUUUGCAGGAUCCCUACUUCCAGGAGGAUCCACUACCUACAUCAGAUGUGUUUGCUGGCUGUCAGAUUCCUUAUCCAAAACGAGAAUUCCUCAAUGAGGAUGAACCCGAAGAGAAAGGGGAUAAGAAUCAGCAGCAGCAGAAUCAGCAUCAGCAACAAACAGCACCUCAGCAGCAACAGCAAGCAGCACCUCAGCAGCAGCAACAGCAACAAAACAGUACCCAGACAAAUGGGACGGCAGGAGGAGGUGGAGCAGGAGGAGGGGGCACUGGGGCAGGACUCCAGCAUAGCCAGGACUCCGGCCUCAAUCAGGUGCCUCCAAACAAGAAACCACGCAUAGGGCCUUCAGGCACUAACUCAGGCGGGCCUGUUAUGCCUUCAGAUUAUCAGCACUCCAGCUCACGCCUGAGUUACCAAAGCAACAUUCAGGGAUCUUCUCAGUCCCAGAGUACGAUGGGCUAUUCCACAUCAUCUCAGCAGAGCUCUCAGUAUCACCAGUCUCAUCAAUCUCACAGGUACUGAGAGGCCUAAUAGACUGUGAUUGGAAAGGAAUGGACUAAAAGCCAGAAGACUCCAGCAAUAUGAAGUUCAUAAUAAUGAGAAGAACCAAAAAUGCAAACUGUGAUGCAGAUUUAAAAUUCACAACGACAAGAGGAAAACUUUAGUUACUGAAGAUUUUUUUUUCAGACAACUCUGUCCUUUCAUCAUUGCCAUAAAGGAGAUUCUUGUGAAGUGCCCCCCAGCCUCCCCUCGCAUGUGUCCCAUUGUGGUUACUCUGAUGAAACCUUCUGAUCUGAACCCAGCACUUAACUUCUUUAACCUUUGGAAUUUUUGAAGGAUUCCUGGUGCACCUUUCUCAUGCUGUAUUGAUUGCCAUAAGUCUAUCUUUGCAAAUCUCUUUAAUGGGAUUUUACAGUUUUAAAAUCUUGAACUCCCAGGCUUUCAAGCUUGUAUAUAGUUAGUUUUUUACUAGGCAAACCAGUUUAGCUAUACAAGUAUAAUGCACCUUUUUAAAGCACUAUGUUAUUUUCACAGGAUAUUACUGUUUUGCUCAUGGAUGUCAAGAAAAGCAAAUUUUACUGUUCCAGAGUAUUUUACUAUUCUGUUUUUAUUAAUCUAGUUUUCAGGCAAGGUCUUAAAAAAAAAAAAAAAGAAAAAGAAAAAAAAAGAAAAAAAGACAGAUAAAAAGUACCCAACCCAAGUCUCUGCAGCAGCUAAUAUGCUGCAUGCUACUGGACCGAACACCAAACAGAAGAUCAUAAAUGUUUUUUAAAUCAUUCAUAUUGAAUCCCAUUGAUUACAGCCAUCACCUUUUAAGUAGCUUUGAAUUAAACGUUAUUUAAAAUUAGAGCAUGAUGGUUACAGGAAAAAAGAGAUGGCCUUCAGGGCUCUGCUGGAACAAAAGAAUGGAACAUCUACCCUGGUUGUGCACCCAGAAUAGCCAGGAAAAUGCAUUGACUGGCCUCACAUCUUAGUAGAAGAGAGUGUGGGGAUGAAGGGCUUGUCUUUCUGUUGAACAGCUCUUUAGUAUGUUCUAUAAAUCCUGCUUUUGAUGUUGCAGUCUCUUUUGUUGGUUUCCCUGAAUCAUUUAUCUAACUACAGAAAAUAUUAAGACUUAUAAAGAACAAAGAAGUAUCCAUCUUUACAUAGGAUCAUUACAUUUAAGUAAAAAUAUUGUACAUUUUAAAGAGCAUGUUAAAAACUGUUCCAGUUUCUCAUGUUUAUAAUGGAUAUUCUGUAUUCUUCCCAUUGCUGCGAUUAUCCCAGAUUAGUUACACCAGAUGCACUUGAUUGCACUGCAAUAGGUUGGGGGGCUUGGGGGGGGGGGUUUCUGCUUCCCCCAAGAGCAAAUAUAUUUUGAUUGUGCCUGAGGACCAUAAGUGGAUGGAUAACUGGCAGGCUAUGCCAGGUAAAUAAUCAGCAUUCACAAGCAUAAUCAGAGGACCACAAUUCAAUUAAUGAAGCCUCAGUUUUUCAGAGAAAUGUAACAUAACUUGAGGCAGCUCCAUUUUAUAUUUCAUUGCUUAAAGAAGGCUUAUGAUUCUCAUUGCACUAAAACUGGAAAGACAUUUAUUUACUUUAAAAUGUUACGAGCUGGAUAAGCAGCCCCAGGCUUUCUUAAUUGAUUGCUGAAUAAGAGGUAGCAGAAGGAGCAAGCUAUGUAUAAAAAGGGCAUAUUAUUGGAAUUUACACUUUACAGUGUGGUCUUUUCUGUCUGACUCUGUGUUCUAGCCUGAAUCCAUGUGAGAAUUUAGAUGUAAAGCAGUAAACAUUUCACAAUAAAUUAGUGGUAGAUGUUAGCAGGGUGUUAGAUAUGUGCGCCCCAAGGAGAACAUUCAUUCAUCCCAGUCAUACAAGAAUGAUAAAUAUUUCUGUGGAUACUGAUCUCUCAUCCCUACAAAAAUGUUUUACUUUCAUAAGCAGUUGGAAAUGUGGUUUGGCCAGAUCAUGUGCCACGUGACUUUGAUGACAUCGGUCUUCUCGGAGAAGUGUCUGGAGGUAAAAUUAAAUUUAAAAUGGGUGAAAGAGUAGUGAAAGUGAAAUGGAGCAAUUUGAAGAGAAAUAUUGCCAAUUGUUAUUAGGACAAAACCACCUCCUACUGAAUACUUUUCAUCUUUAUUCUCUAUGAUAUCAUGUGCCAUGUGUAUCUGAGUAACUUGGUUGGUGGGAACUGAUUUUAAUCGGUUCUUUACUUGAGUUCAGUGAAUCUGCUACGGUUAAAAUCUUUUCCAGAAUUAAUUUCCCCAAGUUUUUAUUGAAGUUAGGAGGAGCCCCAUGGCUGUACCUGAGGAACAAUUCGGCCUCUGCCAACAACAUUGUUGGAUAUUCUUGUGAUUGGCUUCCACAUUUCUGGCUAGCAUCCCUUGACACAAGCUGCUUUGUCGUCUCCUCUUCUCACCCCUCUAUCCAGUCAAAGCACUAUUGUCUCCUUGAGCAUAAUUGUCUAAUGUUUAUACUCUUUGCCACCUCUUCAAAGUACUGGUAAUGGCAGGAGGUGGAAGGGGACAAGUCUUCUCCUGGCUGAGUUGGAUUCCUAUGGUGCCAACAAAGUUAAAUUUUAGUGUAGGUUCACAUAUGUGUGAAGCAUGAAGAUUCACAGCAUUGUAUUAUGCUUUAAUUCAAUGAGCUUCCAUCCCCUAGAAUAACUGCCAUGAGCUGAAUAAAUAUUUCUGUAUUUGCUUGAUCUAAAUCACUUAUUGUGCUCCAGUGCCCUGCUGCUUCUGUGCGCAUUCAUAAAACUGAGCUAACUCCUCCAUUGCCUUCCAGGUAAAAGCUGAAUGGGGAAUAGAUAAAGGAAAAGGUCACUGUUGGAAAUGUUUACUGUGCACACUUACUCCUUUUCCUCCGCCAGUUGGUUUUUGGAUGUUUGGCGUUUUCUGGUGAGUUAUAUAUGACUCAAGAUAGAUGGGAGCCAG